AUGGUUACAGCAUACUUUGGCACCCGCAUCGGAAUUUUUUUCGGAAAUUACAGGCCUCUGUCGUUAAUCACUGCCCUCAUUUUUGCGUCUGUACGCGUCGAGGGCACGCAGGCCUGGUCAGCGCAAGUCGGCGUGUACGUGGCAAUUGUGGUGGCAGAAAAGAUUAUCGUGCUUCUCAUCAUGCUUUUUCCUUUUUGGGCCAAGGUUGGGUCUGCCAUCCUUGAGGCCAUGCGAUCGAUAUCACCAAAGCUUGAAGCUGUUGGUGCCCUUCUCAUCAUGCCUUUUGUUAUCACGGCCGUGUGGUUUUGGAUCGUUGACAAUCUGCUCAUGUCAGCGGAGACCAUGGAGGUUGGCGAUGAGGAGUUUGAGGAUGCCUUGCAUCAGCACGGUGCUAUCGCCAUGGACGACUUGGCCUCUCCUUCGACCGAGAUCAGACUUGAAGACGAGUCUGAUGAAUGGGACGAAGCCGCUGACACCGAGCUACUCAUCAGGCGGCGUUAA